AGCGCGCAGAGCCGGCCUCCGAGGGGCGGGAGCCUCCUCGCUGGUUGGUGGCGCCUCCGCCUCCACUUCCCGGCACGGGCGCCCCUUCAAGCCAACGAGAGAGCCGAGGCCGGCCUCGGGAGCUGCUGGUAGGCCCUGCUGGUCAGAGGCGGGAAACUGCGAGAGACAGCUAGCGCGAUGGCCGACUCGCGGAAACACUGAGCGGCUCCCGUCCCCGGCGCCAUGGGCCCCGCCACGUUGGGGUGAGCAGGAGGCGGCGGCGGCGGCAAGUCGGGCGCGAGGCGGCGGGUGAGGGGGGGGGAGUCGGCUCGCGCGGCGGGAACGCACAUUUCAAACGCCAACCGUCCCUCGGCGGGGGAGGGGGGAGGAGGAGAAGGCGGCGGCACGGAAAGGGGGCGCAGGGGAAGCGGGCGCUGGACACCAGGCGCUGCCCCCCAGGCGGGGAGGGGAAAAGGCCACGCGAGGGGAAAAACCAGGGUGAGGUUUUGGGGGGAGGCGGUUGGGACUACGGGGGGCGGGGAGGCGGUAAGACUCGGGGUCUCCGCCCACCACCUUUAAAGAGCUUUUCCGGUUGUUGCUUUUUAAAAUGUGGUUUUAAUUUCUGUGCGCUGCUCUUUUUGCCUCGCAGGUCGUAACCGUUAGAGGCGAGGAGGGUAAAAUGUGACUUCCCAGGAAAAUGAAACCAAGUGGUUUGAAGAGCAGCAGCAAAGGACAGCUCCCCUGUAAGUGCUAGGACUUUCCUUUAGUCCGCUAAGGAGUGUGCUUUAAUAUUAUUAUUAAUAGUUUAUUAUUUAUACCCCAGCCACUCUGGGUUGGUCCCAGCAGAAUAUUAAAAACACGAUAAAACAUGAAACAUUAAAAACUUCCCUAAACAGGGAUGUCUUCUAAAAAGCUUCAGCCCCCUCACAGAUUCGUUCCAGAAAGGAGGUUCGGACAAAAAAAUAGUUGUUUCUUCUCGCUGCCAACCCCUGCCCCAUGCAAUGCAAAAGAAAAGAAAAAAAGAUGAUAAAGCUCUUAGGCAGGAGAUCUGCUCCCAUUUUCUCUGGAAAUCCAGAGAGGCAAAAUUUUCUUAGAGGAGGAGGAGGUUGAUGAGAUCUAGAUAGCUUUUGUAUUUUUAUAAUUUGGCGGGGAGUGGGGGGCUUAAACCUAUGCAUGGGCCCCCUCCUAAUUUCUGGGUCCAGCACUGAUCCAAAUCCUUGAAUAGCUAGGCUGGUUUCCUGGUGAGAUAACAGCCUAAGACUAAGUAUUGGUAGUUAAGGUAACAAAGGAAAUGGCUCUGUGCCAGAGGAAAAAUGGGUGGUUCCCCUUCCCUCAAUUGGCUGGUAGCUAGAAAGACAAAGGCCAGAGUUGUGAGUUGAGUUAUGUGAACAAGUAGUUGGAAUAAGUAGGCUGAGAAGCCUGAGACUGAACCAUGCCUGAAGUGUUGUGGUUUUGGAAGAAGCAAGAACUUUCUGGUGUUAAUACUGUGAACCCUUCCAUUGUUGGCUCAGGUUGUAUAUAUGUGUAAAUAAACCACAUUGGGGUGGUGUACUACUGUAUCUUACUGCGUUAUGUUUGAUUUUACUUAACUUGUGUUUCACUUACUCCAAAUGUGUGUAUAACUGCUUUGCACUGCAAGCUGUUGUGGGCUUUUGAGAAUUAUGCUAAACAUUAUGCUUAUUGUUGAAAAAGGUAAGCAGCUAUUGUGCUUGUAAAGUUGUACUUUGCCUGGCAUAGAGAUUGGACUUUUUGUUUCCUGUACUGUACAGCUGGGGUAUAAAAACUCAUCCUUUUUUAAUGUUCUAAUGAGGAACUUAUUCAAAACUUUUGAAGGUUUGGGAUCUGUAAGUGAAAGUAAAACUGACUGCAUGUGUGUUUGUAAGAGUGUUGUCCUAUAUUUUAACUCUGAUAUGAAACACAUCCACUUGAAUCCAAAUCUUAUUUAUUUCAGUGGGAUAUGUUCUUGGCUUAGGGCUGCAAUCCUAGUAAAUUUACUUAGAAACGUCUUUCUCUGAAAUUGGUAAGGUAUGUUCAUAAGUUGUUGGCACCCAUCUGUCUCGAGAAACAAUGGAGUGCGCUUCUGGGGAUUAAGUCAAACUACUGCUUUAGCAGCACCAAAGUGACCUCCCAGGGGCGCAAGCCUGAGCAGUUUGUACGGAGCUCCUGGGCUGCCCAGAACAACAAGAUCCCUCUCAUGACCUCAUUCCUUGUCCAAGGAAAAGCAGAGCAAUAUGUUUGGCACCAGCUGGGCUGCAGGAGUUGCCAGAAGUAGGCAUACAAGGUGCUAUCCAACUGUCUUGUGGAUUUUUGUUGGGUUUACUCCAUAGCCUUUUCUUCUCCCAAAUAUAUGCCAGAAGGCAGUGAAGGUUUAGGAUCAGAGUUUUCCAUCUCCCAGAUGGACAAGCCCCAUCUACCCCAUGUAUAAGUAGACAUAAAAUUAGGAGGUUCACUUCCAGUUGAGAUCAUUGUGCAACAUUCACUUGUAAAGAAUGUUCAGGUGCACUCUCAAACAAGAAUAUCUUGUUUAAGAGUAGCUCCUCCUGGACCAGAUAGUAUCACAUAUAUUUGAACGCAAUAUCUACAUGUACUCAAGAGCCAGGAUGCCAGUUGCAGCAGAUUGACUUCUGCAACUCAGGCUGGUCAGGGUACAGGUGGUGAUGGGGUUUAUGUCUGUCUGUCUCUUUUUUUUUGCUGUAAUAGUUCCAGGCUGGCACAGCUGAGAAACCCAAAUUGAGCCUUUCUCUGAAGAAUGGGCAAGCUUAGGGUCCAGCAGAUCCAUGGCUGGCCUUUCCCCAUAGCUUCUCAAUUUGCGAUCCUACUCUGGCUAUUGCCAGGUAAAGCAUUGGUAAAGCAGUGUGGUGUAGUGGUUAAGAGCGGUAGUCUCGUAAUCCGGGGAACCGGGUUCGUGUCUCCACUCCUCCACAUGCAGCUGUUGGGUGACCUUGGGCCACUCACACUUCUCAGAAGUCUCUCAGCCCCACUCACCUUACAGAGUGUUUGUUGUGGGGAAGGAAGGGAAGGGAGAAUGUAAGCCGCUUUGAGACUCCUUCGGGUAGUGAUAAAGGGGGAUAUCAAAUCCAAACUCUUCAACUCUUCUUCAACAAUUUCCACUGCCUUGUCAAAGGCCUCUGGCAAUGGAACACCCUUCUGCCAUCAGAACUUAGCAGAUGGAGAUGUCCAUUGUAUCCUAGGACUGUACUAUGAGAUUCUACCAGUUCAGUUACUGCAUUAUAAAUAAUAAUAUUAUUAUGAAGAAGGAAGGGAAUGUGCUGUUGAUCUGACCUUGUGUGGUGAGGAGUGGGAUUGUAUAGUCUUGACAAGUUCAAAUAUACUUUUAUUUAUUUAUUAGAAAUACGGCUUUACUUACCCAGGAUGAUUUGCCCACAAACCCUUAAAAAACCCCUUGAUUAUCAAAUUCUCUUUUCUUUUUAUUAUAGGUGAUAUGCAAGGAAGAACAGAAAGAAGCAAACCUCCCCUGAAAAAUGUGAAGAAAGAUUCCACAAAAUCAGAUAAACUAAAAUGCAAACCACUUACUGGGAAGGUGUUUUACCUUGAUAUUCCAUCCAAUGUCCUCUCUGAGAAAAUAGCAAAAGAUCUUAAAGAAUUGGGAGGGGUAAGUCUGUUUCUGUUUUUUUUAAUCUGAAAAAUUAGGUCCUCUUGUAAUAGGGGAGCCUUCAAAAUCAGUCUAUAUGCCCAGAAGCUUCCCAAGCUUCCAGCCCUAAUAAUUAGUAAUUGACUCUUAAAUGUAUGUGUGUAGUCUCACCAACUAUGUAAUAAUAUAAAUGAAGAUUACACAUAAAAUGUGUGUGAAUUGGGAACAAUCAAUGUAUAAAGGAGUGGUCAUAUAACUAUUGUUGGUUGCAUAACAGACUGUUAUGAUGUUCAUAAUUUCUAAAGUCCUUAAUUUACAAAGUGCUUUAUAAUCCUGUCUCAUUUUUGCUUCAAUAUCAUAUUAAGUUGAGUCAGAGCAAACUUCUCUACUUUCCUCCCAAGUCCUCAUUUCUUUGUUCAUACUUAUCCAUAGUUUCUCCAUUCACCCUGAAGAUUAGGCAUGAAGCCUUUUCCCUUUGAUUGUUCUUUCCUCCUUUCCACCUCAAAUUCAGUCUGUUGUCAGAACUCUCCUUUUCUGCUCCUUCACCUUUGUUUGUGCCCUGCUCAUAUCUCACGUGGAUUACUGCAGACUUCUCUGGUCCUCUGAUGCCUUGCCUUCAUAUUAUAACAUCAAUAUAGUACUCUACUACCAAAAUCUGCACCUUUCAUCGCUUUUAGCAGUUCGUCCUCACACCCUAUAUAAGCUUCUCCUCAUUUUUCAAACCUUUGUGGCCGUGCUCCUCCGUAACUUUGUAUGUUUAUUUCCCAACACAUUAUUCUUGUGUCCUUUGUUCAACUAGUUCUAUAAUCUUGGCUGUCCAAAUGUUUUUUCCUCCCUGCAGUGGCUCUGCCCUUUCCUCUUGCAGUCCCUUAUACCCAUAUAUAUCUCUACCUCCCUUAUUUCCUUUUGGUGUUUCAAAACCUGUAUUUUCCAUGAAGCCUUUAAAACAAACUCUCUACCCCAGGCCCUAUACCUUAUUGUAAUUAAGCUAAAGUACUGAUAAUAAAAAUAAUCCUCCCUUACCUGCUAGUGCCUCCAUUUCACCCCCUUCCUCUAUCGUUUCUGGUGUCUGUUUUAGAUCAUAAUCCUCUUGCAACAGGAACCUGUCAUACCUAUUGUUUGUAAAACACCAUGUACAUGAAUUGCACUUAAAUUAAUAAUAAUAAUUUAUUGUAGCUAUUAUUAUCUUCACAGUUCCCUGUCAGAUAAAUCAUAGUUACCUGUUGAUGUUGCUUGUAUGAAUCCCUGGAUCUCUUUCAGAAUAAUAAUUGUUUUAAUGAAGUUCUGGGGCCAGUUUGGUACAUUUGAUACAGUGCUGGAUACCAUUAGUUCCCCCUUCUCAUAGUAAGCCAAGAGAGCUUGCAAGUGGCUGAUUUAUUUAUCUCUGUGAAACACUCCUGAAUCUAAACCCAGUUCUAUUUGAUAAAAUUCUAUUAACUUUCAUGUGCUUAAUCAUAUGAAUUAGCGGGCUGGCCAUUUUCAGGUGUAAAAAACCUAUUGUGAUAAUGCACCAUACUUUUGGCUGUGUCAUUUCAGACACAACUUACAGCAGUGUGGAUUGUGCUCUGGGGAAAGCACUCAGCUUUGUGCGAAGGGGGCAUUGUGUGUUAAACUGGUAUGAAGUGCUUCAUUGUUUUGCAAGGUUUAUACUAAGUUCUGAAAGAAUCCUUUUUUAUUUAUGUAUAGAGAGUGGAAGGAUUCCUGAGCAAAGAUAUUAGCUAUUUGAUCUCUAAUAAAAAGGAAGCAAAAUUUGCUCAAACUCUUGGACAAAUAUCUCCAGUCCCGAGCCCAGACUCCGUAUAUAAUGGUGGAAACAGUUCGCCUCAUCCGAGCAGCAGAAGAGACAGGCAUGAAGGAAGUUCAUUCAAGCUAGUGGACACAGUAAGUCCCAUUCCUGCCUCCUUCCCUGCAGAUAUAUUUUUAAAAGUCAUGCUGCAAGUCAAGUAGAGCUCUCUCUUCUUGCAAAACUAGCCAGGGUUUGCGGUUUGUGGCUAAUGUUGCGUCAAGCAAAGAAUGGCUUGAUGAAAAUGAUAUCGAUUAUGGUACCAUUAACCUGUUCUAAUUUGUGUUAAGUCAAGAUGUAGUUUUUGAAAUACGCAGCCAUGAAGUCUGUUGCUUUACUUAAGUCUGUUUAAUAAUAUAAUAUAAAUUAAUAUAAAUAGAAACAUUUCAGACAUUUUAUCCAAAAUAUUUACAUUAGUAAUAAUACACUGUCUUUUCAAACAGCUCAUUACCCAAAUAAACUGUAGAAAGAAAUACACAGAUUAGCAGUAGUGGGCAUGUUUGUGCUGAAUCUUUUAAUAUUCAUUACUUAAGAAUGUUAUAUUAAUGCCUCGACCUAAGUUUAGAUGGAUAGACCAAAAAAUCCACAAACACAGAGGAGUACGUGAUGUAGCCACUUAUGUCAUAGAAUUGUGAAGUUGAAAGGUUUAAAUCCCCUACCAGUUCUGAAAAUUCAGUUCUACAACACCCCUUUAAUGCAAUUUAAUUUACUGAAAUAUUUAUAAUCCCCUCUCUCAUAAGAUAUAUCAAGACAAUAUAUAAAUGCAAUAAAUAUGCAACACAAAAGUGCAAUCACAUCAGUAACAGUACAGUUAUACCUCGUGUUGCGUUAGGUUCAUGUCGUGUCUUUUCGGCUUGCGAACACGGCAAACCCGGAAGUUUAUACUUCUGGGUUUUGUUGCAUGCGCAGAAGUGUUCUGCGCACAUGCGCAGAAGCACCGCUCUAGUUGCAGACUUUUUUGGGUGCAAACGGCACCCUGAAACGGAUCGUGUCCACAACUAGGGGUACCACUGUGUCACAUUUUUUAGAAUCAGAAUUGUAGAGUAUGAAGGGACCUUCGAGGAUCAUCUAGUCCAACACCCUGCAAUGCAGGAAUAUGCAAGUGGCCUGUAUUGGAAUCACACCUGGGACCUUGGCAUUAUUAGCACCAUGCUCUAACCAGUGUGUGAGCGGGUUUUACAAAUAUUUAGAAUCCUUGCAGAGUUAUGCCUUGAACAUUUCAUUAUGUAAGACUACUAGCAAUGAACACAAAUGUUCUGUAUUUUCUUUCUUUCUUAUAAAUAGGUGCGCAUGAGUAGAGGAAAAUCUUUAGUUGAAAAAGCAAUAAAAGAGCAGGUAUGUAUCAUUCAAUAAUGUGACUCCAUUCUGGCAGGAGUGGGAUUCCUGGUAGCAUCAUUGCUGUUGCUUACCAAGGCAGGGCAGUGGUGAGGUCAGGGUUGCUUCAGUGCAACAGCAGGAGUGCUGGAUUGGCUUAGCUGGUGUGCCUGCAUUGCCUUUACUUCUCUAGCACUCUGUCCUGGUUAAACGGCAGCCAACUGCUGCUGGGAAGUCAGAUUCACAGCUGCCCUGCACUGUCGGCUUCUAUGUGUUUUCUUACUUGCAACUCUCUGAAAUGUUUUCAAAAAGUAAACCAUUCUGACUGUAAAAGUUGUGAAAUGGGUUUCUCAGUGAUGCAACUUUUCUAACAGCCCUUUUGGCUAAUUUUGCUUAUGCAGCUUUAAUGGGUCUUUGGUUUGGACAGUGUGAAAAUGUGCAUGCAACACUCCUAAGUGAUGCUGGCAUAUUCAUACACAUGAAUAUAAAAAUAUUUUAGUUAAUGGAAGUAUUAUAAAUAUGUGUCUUUCAGGAAUUAAUCCCCUCUGGUAGUAUUUUGUCCAAUGCCUUGAGUUGGGGAGUGAAAAUACUUCAUGUUGAUGGUAAGUAUUUUUUCAGGGAAUUUUCAAUUGUUUUAGAAUAAGAUAAUUUCAAAUAAUUUUGAUAAUCUUUUCUUCUUGAUAAUAGAUAUUAAGAAGUAUAUUGAUCAGAAGAAAAAAGAUAUCUCUCUGAUCAAGAAAUCAAGCACCGAAAUCAAAUGUGCGGUAAGUCUACAUCUUCCUAAUUCCAGAGAAAAAUAAUAAGAGGUUGAAUAUCAUAAAACCAAUGCCUUAAAUAUUUAAGGUAUAUCUUUUAAAAUAUAUACUUUAUGGGCUAUAGACAAAUUAUUAUCCUCAGCUAAGUAGCAUAAUGGUUUACUCAUUUGUGCAUUGUACCAGAAAAAUUUGGGUGUCCACUUGGUUUUGGUAUGAUCAUGGUCCAAGAGAGGAGGAGGGUGAGCACCUUAUCCUGAAAUGAGAGCAACGAAUGGGCCUUUGUGGUGGAGGAAGAGGAGAAAACCUAGUUGCCCUUCUAAAGGAAGGAGUCUGGUAGUGUCUAUAACCUGGAGAGACAGCUUUCCCUCCCCCAACUUUGCUAGCCUAUUAGUGAUCAACAUGGGGGGCGGGCACGGAUCUGGAAAUGCAUAAUGCAAUCCUAUGUACAUUUCUAUUCAGAUGUAAACCCCACUGAGUUCAGUGGAAUUUACAGAUUAUGGGAUUGCCAACUGAUUUCUUCCAUCUGUUGAAAUACUAUUUAACAUGCGUGUUUGACUUUUCUAAACAAAACUAAAGCUUGCCAUGUUAAUUUUAUAUACUAUGUAAAUAUAUUACAUGUUUUUACCAAUAGGCAAAAUAUCUGAACUAUUUGAUUAAUUAAAACGUUCACUAGAGCACUUAUUGUGAUUAAAAUAUUAUAUUAGAUGAAUUCUUUAUUUUUUUUUAAAAAAACAUUUAUUGGAAUAAUUGAAAAUACUUUAAGGAAUUACAACUCAGUAGUACAAAGUCCUCUUACCUUGUUUACAUUUUUUAAAAAAACUAGAGGCUAUUUAACAAACUAAAUUUAGCAUGCCCAAGGAACUGAAUAUUGGAAAAUUAUAUUUCUACUGCUGUGCUCAAAGGAUCAGGUAGCAAGUGAUGUGAAAAGCCCAGGAGAGUUGCUUCUGAUAAGGAUAGACUCUACUGGGCUAGUUAAGCAAAUAGUAUAAUAUAAAAGUAGUCAACUUGUUUCUGUAUUGUUAAGGGGAUCAUUUAAUUGCUGAAUAGCUAGCUACAGGUAGGAAGGAGAGAGACUUGCUUUUUUAUUUUGCUUCUUUUUGAAAAAAAUAUGCAGGGAAGAGAAUUCUUUUAACCUCGUUGCACACAUUCCCCCUAGCUGUAGGCCUUUCUAUGCUCUGCUUGUGUCUUUUUACAUCUCUUAUACAUAACUAUAAAAGUAGCCAAGAUGUGACUUGUCUUAAAAUACAAUUCAUCAGUUUUGCCAAUAAAAUUAAAAACUAUACUUCCCAUUGACUGGUUGGUUGCUGGUCCACUGCUCUGGUCUCCUACAUCACACAAUCAACUAUAAAACGUGCACAUUUGAAUAAAUCGAAUGAAUAAACUAUAAUAAUAAUUUAUUUUUAACAGGAAAAAGAGUCAGUUGAUCAAAAAACAAAAAGUAAGUAUUCAAGACAUGAAUAAGACUUGUUAUUUAUUUUACAAAAAAUAAAAGUAUUGAUUGUUUAAAAAGAAAAAUCUUGAUCGUUUAUUCUAGGCAAGGUUAUUAAUUUAUAGAAUAGUAUAAUUUUCCGUAAGCUAUUUGUUACUUGUGUUAGAAAUAGGAAUGUUCAUAUAAUCUGGCAAUAAUAAAAAGUUUUUUUAAACAUUCUUUUGAACAGAUAAACUGAAAAAUCCUUUUCUGAAGGUUGAAGACAGAAGACGGUAAGUGUUAUUUUCAGAUUAAUUAAUAUUCCAUUCAACACAUGUCCUCCAAACCAUCUGCUUUCUUCUUGGAGGUUGAUGGCAACAUUUGAUGCAAUGACAAUAUAAUCUGCAGGAAAACAAUGCUAAACUCUAAUAUGCUGGAAGGAUUUGAGUAAGACAAUUCCUUUUGUGCUAGGUAAUCUAUCAGAGAUGAUAGAACAGUGAGGGGAAAUAAAUUUGCAGAGUUCUAUAUGUCGUGGGGGGGGUCAUAAGAAGGUAGAUUCUGAUAUACAAUUUAUUAGUGGAAUUGCUCUAGAUACCAUAUCUGGCUAUCCAUUGGUUUCUUAUAGUGCAAUCUUGGGAGUUCACUAAGAUUUACUCCCAGGUAACUAUAUAGGAAUGCAACCUUAAUACCACAAGUUUGCAGUAGCAUGGCAUGUAUUUAGACUACAGUCUCCACUUCCAACAGCUUGUAAUAUUCACAGUAGCAAAAUACCUUGGAUUUAUUAGUUUGUUUUUUUAAGGAAAAGCACUGUUUCUUACUCCUUUUUUCUGUUAGAUGUUUUAAAAUCCAGGUAUGUACACCUUCAUAGAAACUGGUACUUUGAUCUUUGUAAUGUAACCAGCUCUUCAAAAACUUCAGCUUUGUCUCUUCUUCUCUAGUAGUUUGACCCAAAAUCUGCAUUAUGCUAAGGAAGCACAAAUUUGGUGGUCUUAUCAGGCCACACUCCCAUGGGUCAACUUUGACAAGUGGGCAGAACAACUCUCUUGCCAGUCACCUGGCAUCAUUAUGAUAUAAGAUGAUGGACAGGUGGGCUGACUGUUGGGCACUUGACAACCCCUUCAUGAAGCACUUUGCAAGCCCUGGGCAGUCAGUUCCUCAGGAACUGACACCAUGCAUUUCUCAUAGUGAACACUCUCUCUCUCUCUCAGCUAAUCCAGCUGGAGAACUGAAACCUGCUUUUCCUUGGCAGUGCACAAUUGGGAGUGCAUUUACAGCUACAUUUCUGCUUCCCCCACACCUGACAUCAUAUUCAAGGCGAAAUAACCUCCCGCGCCACUGGCUGGAAGUUCCCCACCCGUGGUGCAAAAUUUAUGUAUAUAGACAGAGAACAAAACAUUGCCAAUUUUAUCAAACAAAGUAUUUAUCAAACUGGGUUAUUUUUCUACAGGGAGGUGGAGAAUGGAGGGCAGAGUAGGUGAUUUAUUGCAAAGCACAAACCUUGAGUAAAAGAACAAGUGUGUAUGUGGCUUGAACCUUAUAAAAGGGAGGUACAGAGUUUAUAUAGCAAAGAAUAAUAGAGUGUCAACAUUGCUAUAGCACAGUGGCAUACACCACAGAUAACACACUGCAAGCAAGAACUACUGAAAAACAAGCUUUUAACAUAUUUAUUGCUUUUUUGUAUGUUCAGCAAACCUGCCUUAUUUUUUUCUCAUGUAGACGCUACAGACCCUUUUACUUGCAACUGUCCAGCUUUCCUGUUGUCAACUAUUCCAAUCCAAAACCUUACAGUCCAUUUGAAACAGAAAAGAAGCAUAUAAUUGCUCAUAAGCAAAUUGAGAAUAAACAAAGGUAAUUGAAGAGGGAUGUGCCAGAAUUUGGUAAAGGGCUAAAGAGGAUGGAAGCAAGCUUGUAUUUUUACACAGAAUUCAAGACCAGUUUAUCAGCUUGUCCUAUUUUGGGUUAAUCUAAUCACACACAUUAUCGUGCCUACUAGUUAGUUGUUAGUGAGCCCCCAUCACCAUUAGACAAGCUGCUUUGAUUUAAUGGAUUUUUAAAUGCUCAGUUUAUAUGUUAGCAGUUAGACACUGCUAGUUUAGUCUGGAUUCUAUAAGUCUGCCUCUGGUUAUCACAGCGAAAUAGUGGAUGCAUGAGUCAUUUAUACUUACUUUCUGUUCAAAUAUCCAGAUAUGCUAAAUUGGUGAAAAGAAGUUUAUAAAUUUUAUAAAUAAAGAAAAACUACCCUGAGAAAAACUACACUGUUAGUUUUGUUUGGGACUAAAGAACCCAUGUAUGGAGGACAGGAAGCUUGACAAGAAGCUGAGCAGAAAGAGGAAGCAAACCAGAGGGUAGUGAGGCCAAAGAAAAUAUGGUGGCUGAAGAAAGGGUGCAGAAUAUGCAGAAAUCUCUGAGGACAGGUGGAUGAGGGAAGAAGCUUGAGCCAGAGGGCAGGGGAAACACAGCUGAAGAAAAGAAGAUAUUUAGCUAGGGGGCUCAACAGGAAUGGAAAGAUUGGGAGGUUGUGUUUUCUUAUAAGUAGCUAGCUGGGUCAUGUCUUCCAGACAUUGUAUAAUGCAGGGUCAGGGGAGAGACCUUCCAGUACUAAAUGUUUAGCCACUGAGUAUCCAUGUCUCUCUGUUAAGUUCCACAGGGUUGGUAUAUAGUUCAACAGUACAUUAAAAUCUUUAAAUCAUGACGUUCUAGGGCCGUGUUUAUGCAGCUGGUUACUUUGAAUCAAAAUGCUGCAAGUAAUAUUGUGCUAUCAUAGUUGGAUUGAAAGUCAUAGUUCCUAUGAAAAAAUGUUAUUGUGAAUCCCUGAGUUGUGCUCUUGAUGCUCUUGCUUAUUCUCUUAUAGAAUAUAUGAGUAAGAUAAAUUUUCUCUUUUUCAUGAACAGAAAUCCAGCAAAUAAUGACAAAGGGAAGGGCCCAGUUCAGCUUCCUGCAAAACAUAAAAAGAGAAAAGGGUACUGUGAAUGUUGUCUGAAGAAGUAUGAUGACCUUCAAAUAGUAAGCAUAUAUUAACUAAAUAAUUGUGGCUUAUUUACAUGUGAUGGAUAUACCUAAAUUGCUUCCAGAUAUUUGAGGAGAGAUCGUAUUUUUUAUUAAACCUUUUUCUCUAAAACUGUAUUCCUAUGUAUUUGACCCAUUCAUAGAGAUAGUUUAAAGAGCUAAUAUAAAGGUUGUAAUGACAUAGGUUCUUUCUCAUUUUUGGUGAAAGUGAAUUCCUUCAAUAUUUUAUGAGACAUAGCUUACGUUUUGGAAGUGACUAAGCCACCAGGUAUUAAAACUCCUGUAAAGUAAUGUUAAAUAAGUUGUACCUCCCAUGGGUAUGUUAGCCAAUAUCAUUGAUGCUCUUGCUAAAUUAAGCAUAGGAGCUUCAACAGGGCUGUGUGUGUGUAUAUUAUAUAUUCUUAUAGUUGUUUUGGAAUCAGUGAAUGCUGUUCUCUUCUAAGGGAAGAUUAUUAUUUUUUUAGGCAGGUUAUAUUAGGAUUAGACCCUCCCCAAGGUGCAUCAGUUAAACUUAGUACCAUCCUCUUUUUAUUUGUAUGCUGCCUUUCCAUAUUUAAAACCAUACUCAAGGCAGUUUAAAACAUGAAAGGAUUUACAUAAUCACAAACAUAACAAAAGUAGUCAUAAAUAAAACACAUCACAAUGUAUACAAUCAAACAGCCAAUCCCACAUAAAUAAUAAAAAGGUCUAAAAAUAGAAAAUUAAUACUGCUAACAGCAACAAAACUCUCCAAUAAAAACACCUAAACAACAUCCCAAUCCAAGAGUCUGUACAGCAGCCUCAGCUUUGGUAGCUGGAGUCAAUCAGGGCCCUGCCGUCCCAGGUGGAAAAAGGCUGGCAAAGCAGAGAGCUGGCCUUCCAGGACUCACAGCCAAGAUGUAGCUUUUGUCUCUCUGUUUGUGCGUAUUUAUGACAUAGACAGCAGCAUAUGCAAUUAGGCAAUAUGUGAUUUGGCUAUAGAGCGAGGUUUCAAGGAAAGCUGUCUCAUUUUUAGCAGCUUUGGCUGCCAAUGCCCUACAGGUGGAUGGGUAGUACAGUUGGAUAUAUUAGAGCAAGAAUAGCCAGCACCCUAUAUUCUUGAGGAGCAUACAGUGGUACCUCGGGUUAAGAACUUAAUUCAUUCAAGCACCACCUUAGCUAAUAGGGCCUCCCGCUGCCGCUGCGCUGCCGGAGCCCGAUUUCUGUUCUCAUCCUGAAGCAAAGUUCUUAACCUGAAGCACUAUUUCUGGGUUAGCGGAGUCUGUAACCUGAAGCGUAUGUAACCUGAAGCGUAUGUAACCUGAGGUACCACUGUACUUUUAUCCAGAUAGUGAAAGGUCUGCAGACAGGGACUGGUAGCUUCCAUAAUAAGGUUGGAACGGCCUGUAGAUAAGGACUUCCUCGUAAUGGAGCAUAAGCAAUCAGGCAUAUCACAGUAAAUAAAAAUAUGUAAGCUUACAUGUUACAUUUAUCUUUAAUACUAUUAAUGUUUGAAGUCUGUUUCUUACAACCUGAAAACAAUUUUGUAGGGUCAUCAGGUGUCAGAAAAGGAUAAUUGUAGAUUGUGGUUGCAUUUAAACAGUCAUAAUAAACCAAUAAAUGCUUAAUAAGCCAAGCCUUUUGCAUAGUUUACUAUCCUGGCUUAUUCCAAAACUGGUAACUAUAGUUCCCGGUUCAGAUAGAAAGGAAAGCUAUGGUUAAUUAGAGUAUUCUUGGUUUGAUUACUUGUGCCUCAAAAGUGCUCUCUGUAUGCAAGGGAAGAUGCUCACACAUAUACUGGUUUAUUAAGCCAAGAUAUAAUCUCAACUGGGUCCUUAUGGUGGUUUUAAAACUUCUUGUAAAAAGAAUAACUCAUUUAUAUAUAAAUAUUUUCUUUAGGAAUGCUGAUACAUUUUUUCCCCUAAUUUCAGCAUGUUGAAAGUGAGCAACACCAGAACUUUGCUCAAAGUUCUCACUACCAAGUUGUGGAUGACAUUAUUUCCAAGUUUUCUUGUAACUUUGUAGAGUUGAGUACACCAAAAAUUAAAAGGUAAACAAUUUUAUAACUUUUUAUUUUCAGCUAACUUUUCAAAAAUAAAUGUAAGUUAUUUUGUGUACCUUCUUCUCCCCUUCCAUGGUUGUUCCACUUCAGAGGUUCCCUCACAAGUCACUACGCUUUCAGAGCUGAUGUAGAAAAUUAAUAUAGGUCUUGGCUACUAUGACAGAUCCAGUUUUGAAGUGAUCAGCAAUACAGUAAUGACACUAUUUGGUGAGGCUUUUGCACUGACUUCAGCUAACCCACUAUCUUUUGGCCCCAAAGAGUAAAACAGCCUUUCCGAUGCUAUUGUGUAAAGUAGCUUCUACAGGCACCACAAAAGAAUUUGUGUUCAUCUCUUUUGAAGGCUCUGUCUAUAAAGAACAGGGCUUGGUAGAACCAUAAGCAGCAUUUUUCACCUACAGAUGACGUGCUUUCUGACAAUUAGGCAGUACCACAUACAGGACUGGUGGAAGAUCUGGAUUACUGAUACAAUAAUAGGUAUCAGAAUUGCUAUAUACUAUAUAGCCUGUUUCUGCAGUUUCCAAAAACUAUGCUGACAGCUCAUCAGGCCAUCUCUCUUACUUGCAAGGAAUCUAGCUGUAUCCUUGGCACUUUUAAAGCUAUCUUUAAAUCCUUGUGUCUUGCAUAAGAUGCUUGACAAAUACGAUGGUCUCCAAGUGCUGUGAGAAUGAAUGCACUGAGAGAAAUUUUCUAGCAGUCAGAGGGAAAGUAAAAUAAGAUGGGAUGAAGUGACAUAUAACAUGUAUAUAUAUAAAAUGUAGACUGCAACAAGGAAAGAUUAACAGAGAUGUUUGCGUCUCCCUUACUCUCUGCCAUCCUCUCAAUGUUAUCCCCCUGAUCUGCCGCCUCCUGGCUUCCAUCACUGCCACUUCCUUUUGAACUUGGAAGGCUCCAAAGUUGAAGACUGCAAAGACUGCUUUGACUCUUCUUAAUAAUGGGAAGGCAAACACCAGAAUCCACCUUUGCACUUGCUUCUUCUGGGCUCUAAGGUCCAAAAGAAAUAGCUAUGUCAAAUACAUUCUUCUUCUUCUUAGCUUCAUGCUUUGCUGCUCAGUGAGAUUCCCAACUCCUCUUAGCCUUCUUCAGGCAUUCUAAACAAGUCAAAUAAGCACAUGGAGGUAGGGCGGCAGCGUGGAUUAAUUUUCUAGUUCUGCCUGGUCUAGCUUGCUUCCCACCCCUGCAUUGCUCUUCCAGUCACCUCCUACAAGUCUGAAGUGCCAAGCCUCCUGUGCUCAUGAAGGCUUCCUGUGCAUUUUAGAACCUUGAUUUUCCAGGGUUCUAAAAUGCACAAGGGAUCUCCACAAGUACUCUGUUUUAGACCGUCACCUGCCAACUUGUAGAUGACCAGAAUGGGAGCACAAUGGAGUGGAUGGGUGACACUAAGACACGUGUCCCCAUUUCUACCUUCCCUAUCCCAUUUUUCCAACUUCCAUUUAGAAUGCCUAAAGAGGGCUACUGUCUUUGGCUUAAGGAGCCCAGGGGGAGGCAGAAGAAGAGAUUCCAAUGAUAGGUUCUCUCUCCUCAUUCAAUUGAAUGACAGAAUAUAGUGAAAGAUGGAAAGGAUUUGUUGAGUUAAUUAAAAGGUUAGAUCGUUAAGAUAAAUUAUAUAACAAAAAUUGAGAAAGAUGGAAAGAAUUUGCUGAAACAAUUAAAUUAGAAUACAAAAAGGGAGGUGUGAGGAGGUCGAUGAAACAAGUAAAUGAAAGAUAAAGAUAUGGAACAUUGGAUGUGUGUUUUAAUGUUAUUGUGUUUUCUUUUUGCUGUAUUGUAUUGUUUUUUAUGUUUUUCUUUUUAUGUAUUGUAAUGUAUGCUUUGUCAAAUUUUUUUCCUUUUUUUCUUUUUUCUGUAAUUUUUAAACUUUUAAUAAAUAUCAUUUUAAAAAAAAAGAUAGGUUCUCUCUCCUCACCCCCCCACUCCCGCGAUGCUUUGAGGAAUCAGUAGGCAAAAGAGGCAGAGCUAUACAUAUAGCUUGACAGUGGCCACCGAGUCAAGAAUGCCACUGCCAUUGUUAAAUACAGAAUAGGAUUUGGCAGAUUAUACGUGCAUCUUGACUUCUCCUUGUAGACCAAGAGUGUGUGUACCAAAUAGUUUGUCACUUUGAUGGUCUCUAAGCAUAAUGGUUCCUUUCCUCGGGUGCCCAAAUUUGUGUCAGUUUGUAAACUUCCUGUAACCAUUUCACAACUGGCCCGUGUUAUUUAUGAUUUACUACUAGUAAGUAAUUUUCAUGUCUUCUUUGAAAAUUCUUUUUGCAUUUUGACACGUGUAACUUCCUUGAUUUUAGGAGGAAGUGUAGUGUUGGACAGUUUGCUCCUCUCAUCGGAACAAAAACAGAAGAGCUGAAAGAGCGGUUGAAGAGGCAAGACAGUUCACUGAGGUGGUAUUCUAGGAAAAGCAUUACAACACAGGCGCUGAAUGAAGGUUCUCAACACCUGGAAAUGUAUCCUAAAUCUGCACACAAAAAUUCUACCUCUGAAUCUUCAUGUUCUGUUUAUUCCUAUCACACCAUCUGUUCUUCAGAAGCAUCAAGAAAAGUCAGUGGCAAUACUGAAAGUGGUAAAAUGCCCAAAGCUUCAAAUUUAUCAGAGAUUGCUUUAUCAACCAACUUGGUACAUCUUUCUCCCCAGAAAGAAAGUAAGCAAUGCAUGAAAAAUUUGCCUGAAAUUUAUGAACACUAUGAGCCUAUUUCAAGACAGAAUUUACAAGGAUUAUCAACAAAUUUAAACUCACUACAUGCUCGGAUUCCAGGCUCUGAGUUUAGUGAAAGGCAAAACAUAUCAAAGCCAAAACGGAAAUUGAACCAUACGGUUCUUCUGCCAGCAAAAUGUCUGAAGAAGGUAGACACUCGUUCGGCAAUUGAUCUUAGGGUGGAAAGCAACUGUUUUCCGAGAGAACUCACGGUCCUUCUAGAGCCAGAAAAGCCAUUGAUUAGUCCUCCCUCAAACAAAGAGCCCAAUGAGUUGACGGACAUUAAUAUACAAAGCUCACCAAUAAAACUCAGCAGAAAAGCCAUGCAUUCCAUAGGAAGAAAUAAAAACGGAAAUCAGAAACAAAAAAUGGAGUUAUGUUUACAUCAGGCUGAUGAACUACCUGUUCCAGAAGAAACAAAAAUGUACAAAGCUCAUCAACACAAGCACUGUUGCAGUUAUUUCAGACCAGCGAAGCAAAUUCUGAUUUUGGGGGUUUCUCAAGCAUACAAGAGAACAAAGAUUCAAAUUUAAUGAAAGACACAUGGGAAGACCAGCAUACAGAUGCUUUGUGGUCUUUGUUUUCUACCUCUGCCUCUUCGUCACCAUUUAUUGGAUUUUAAUGCUGCUUUAUUUAAAACGAUGAGUUUUGAAUAAAUGUGGAAACUGAAAGAUGAUAUUUGUGGAAAAUUUUUGGUUUCUAUAAUAAACUAUAUAGUGAUGAUUCUUGCAUU